AUGGCGAAGCGCUUGGUCCCGACGCUCAAUCGUGUCUUGGUGGAGAAGAUUCUUCAACCGUCGAAGACCGUCUCCGGCAUUCUCCUACCGGAGAAAUCUGCUCAGUUGAAUUCCGGAAGAGUCAUAGCAGUUGGACCUGGAGCGAGGGACAGAGCUGGGAAUCUAAUUCCGGUUUCGGUUAAGGAAGGAGACAAUGUCCUUUUGCCUGACUUCGGCGGUACUCAAGUCAAGCUCGGAGAGAAAGAGUUCCUUUUGUACAGGGACGAAGAUAUAAUGGCUACUCUUCAUGAUUGA